AUGGAUUUCCUCCGCGCCUACUGCGUCCUGUCCGCUUUCCUCGUCCUCACCGGGGCUUUUACGCACGAGGACAUGAAGGACGCGCUGCUGCAAAAACUCGGAUUGGAUGAAGUUCCCAGGAUCCAAAAGAGGGACCUGGAGAACCUGGUGGUUCCGGCGCACAUCAAGAACAAGUACCUGUCCAUGGCGAAGAUGCACCACAGCCGGAGGCGCAGAUCUUUGCCCAGCCUGGCGGGCAUCCUGAGGGGGAUCCCCGGCAAUGCAGAUAUCUCCGGGGAGUAUGUGUACUCCGACACCACCCGGCACCGCAUGGUGUUCGACAUGGAGGCGAGGAUCCCCGAUAACAGCGAGGUGACCAUGGCGGAGCUGAAGCUUUACCAGCGGGCCUCGCAGCACAAACGGAACACCGGGGAGAGAAGGAGCCACCGGCCCGUCAACAACGCCCGGGUCAGCAUCUACUGGGUGGAGGCGCUGUCCAACGGCUCCAACAGGACCUCGCUUGUGGAUUCGAGGUUGAUCCCAAUUCACGAGACCGGCUGGAAGAGCUUUGAUGUCACCCAGGCGGUGCACUAUUGGUCCAAGACGCAGCAGAAGACACCCAUGCACCUGGAGGUGUGGAUCGAGGGCGAGAGACCUGGCAGCUACGCGGCAGAGAUGGCCAAGAGUGUGCGCUUUACCACCCAGGAGCAGACGGAUAACACCUUGGGGAGGCCUGAGCUCAUCCUCUACACGCUCAACCUCGAGGAGUACGGCUCUGCCGGUGACUGCGACACGAACCAGAACAAAGACGCCUGCUGCAGAGAGCAGUACUUCAUCGACUUCCGCGCGCUCACCUGGACGCAGUACUGGAUCAUCGAGCCGGCGGGUUACCAGGCCUUCAGGUGCACCGGAGGCUGCAAGCAGCCCAAACGCAACUACGGCUACGGAGAGAGGCGGUGCGCGGUGUCGGAGAGCUCCCCGCUGCCCAUCAUGUAUCUGGUGAAGAAGGGGGACUACACGGAAAUAGAGGUGGCCGAGUUCCCCAACAUGAUCGUAGAGAGGUGUGCGUGCGUGCCGGACAACAUCUCGGUGGUAUGAAGGCCGUAGCAGUCUUAGAGUUGAAGACUGUUGGGAAAUAUUAUAGGGAAAUUAUAGUGUUUUUUUUGUUGUUGUUAAGGGUUGCCGUAUUUAAUGUUUUUAACCGACUCGUUAAGUACUUUCUAUUUAAAUGGACAUUCGGCGGGAGAGCUUCACGCCACAAACCCUCGUCUCCCUCCACAAGCACUUUUAUAGAUUUUUGUAUAUAUUGAUAUUGUUCCUUUUAAAUACGAAUUUGAAUGAGUUGAGCUAAAUCUUGUGCAAUCAUUCAGACUCGGUGUGAUGCAUCCCUUUUUUUUUUUU